AGUACACUUUGUGAAAAAGAAAAUACUAUCUCUACUACCAACUGUAUCUAUCUCUUCUCAAGGACACACACACACGCGCGCGCCACUCAAUGCGAUGAAACCGGCGUCCUUUCGCCUCAUCGACAUUCUCUGUUCGCAGCUGCUCCAGGCGAAGCUCGAGCCGGUGCGGGUGGACAAAUUAAUCGCUGAUGGCAUCCGUCAACGCGUUGUUGACAAGGACACGCUGCCGCUGAUCAUCCAAAAGGCGGCGGUGGGCAAGGGAGAGUGGUGCCUGGCGCUGCGUGUUUUGCAGAGCAAACAUCUCGACACGCACCGCAUCCGCAGGGACGACACAAUUUGGUCGAUCAUCGAUAAAGGUCUACCGAACAACGACGCUAGUAAGAAGGCUGCGCAAGUAGCUUUACAGAAAAUAUAUGGAGCGCGUUUUAAAAAGGCGAAGUCGCCGCGAUCGAUUCGGUGA